AACUUUUUCCUGCUCUUGUUACUUCCUGUUUUGUCCGGAGCGGAGUCUCCUGUGUCCUCUCAUUCCUCUUCUGUUGUCUUCUCUGUCUUUGUUGGAUAAAACUCUCCUUUGUUCACCUCGUCGUCUCUCCUCCAUCAGCCGGACUCACAGCCCACCAGCAGCUAACAUUAAACCCCACCGGGAGUCUCUGGAUCCAGUGUCCGGGACACAGCGCACAGAGCCGCGUUGAGUUCUCAUGAGGAGCCGGUGUUUGUCUGGUUCUUCUGCUCCGAGUCCACCUGAUGGAUUUUACAUAAACUGUUUGUCCUGUGACACGACAAACAAUGCGCUCUCUGGUGCUAAUGCUAAUUAUAGUCUUUGCUAAUUAGCCUGCUGUGCUAACCAGCUUAGUUAAAUGAGUUAACGCUGUUCUCUGUUUUGACCUCAUCGACGUUAUCUUGUCCUGUUAAAGUGCCCGUUUUCUAAAGCCAGUUCGGUUAAGUCAAUUAGAGCUAAAGGUGCUAACGUUACAGUGACUUAGCUAGCCUCGGCUAAAACUCGGUUUAAAUCUGCUCCUGGGUCGGGUUAAACUGAGUUUUAAAUGGGCUCAGCCGGGAUUUAAAUAUCGAGUUUAGAGGGUUCGACUCGGUCUUGAUUCAAGUGUCCUUUGCGGUGUUUAUUGCAGGUUUUGAGUUCAGUUUGGCUUUAUUUGAAUAAGUUUUUGAAUGUAGUUUGGUGUGGUUGACACGGAGGGUUGAAAGGGUCGAGACAGUCUGUGGUCUUAAACCGUGAGGUAGACUGAAUUUCAGUCAGUCCUGCGUUACAGCGGCUCAUUGAUCCAAGUGGCGGACAGGAAGUCCCAGGUCUUGUGUUGAACUGGGUUACGCAUGUGUUGUGUCUUGGGAUCGGUGGGGUCUAGAGGUUAAAGCUCGGUUCUGGAUGAAAAGUGGCCUUUUUGGUGUUCAUUUCAGCUUUAGUUUUGUUUCAGUCAGACUUUAAGCUAAGCUGGUCUGACUUUGAGAGCUGAUUUCAGUUAGUUUCUGCUUUAAAACGACAUUUAAAGUUUGUUCAUGUAGUUUGAAUUGGGUCCAGGCAGGUGAAGUAGUCCCGUGUGAAGCUGGGUUACAAAUGUGUUUACUUGGGGUCCAGAAAAAAGAAGUCUUGAGUUAAAUCAAGUCCUUGAUUUAAGUGUCCUUAUCAGUCUUUAUAGCUGCUCCGCAUUUGGUUUGGACUUUUGUUAAUGAGGUUUUGAAUGUAGUUUGGGUUUACGUAGAAAUAACUUCCCCUUAAAACUGGGUCUGAACGUGGUCCGUGUUUCUUCUGCCCUCGUGAAUACAGCUCGUGUUGGUUCUGAAGUCUGUGGUUCUCGUUGGUCUUUGAUGCAGUUAGUCCAGGUCUAGGCGGGGUUUAGUCCCAGGUUUAGCUCAUGAUGGCAGAGCUCCACCAGACUCCCACCUCGCUGUGCUGCUGCCGUAAAUCCCUGCCGGUCUCUGGGAACCGAUGUGUCGGGCCCUCAGCAAGUCCGGGUCCUGGGUCCCCACGGUGCCCCCUGGUGGACGUGGCCUCAGCAUCUAACUUCCGCUGCUUCCAGCUGCAACACUUCCACCUGGACCUGCGGCUGAACUUUGCUGUGAAGGAGAUGAGCGGUUGGCUGGUUCUGGACCUGGUCCCGGUCCAGCCAGGGGUUCAGACGCUGGUCCUGGACUCUCACCCCUCCCUCCUCAUCCACUCCAUAGACUGUAAGGUCCCUGGGGCCGGGCACGAGGAGCCCGUCUCCCUCACGUACCGGGUCGACCCGUUCACGGACUACGGCUCCUCGCUGAACAUCAGCCUGCCGACAGCAGCAGUGAAACCAGGCCAACUGAUCCAGAUCACAGUCCGCUACACCACCACAGACGGACCGGCGAUCUGGUGGUUGGACUCUGAGCUGACCUGUGGUCAGUCUCGUCCUCUGGUCUUCACUCAGGGUCACUCAGUGUGUAAUCGCUCCUUCUUCCCCUGCUUCGACACGCCUGCUGUCAAGAGCACAUACACGGCCACAGUGAGGGUUCCAGACGGAGUGACGGUUCUGAUGAGUGCGUCUCGGAGCUCGUACUCCAAACAGGACCGCGUCUUUCAGUUCUCCAUGGAGUUUCCUGUCCCGUCCUACCUGGUGGCGUUGGUGGCCGGAGAUCUGCAGCAUGUCGAUGUCGGCCCGCGGAGUCGUUUGUGGGCGGAGCCAUGUCUGCUGUCCUGUGCAGUGAAGAAACUCGGUGGCAGCGUGGAGCGCUGGCUGGGAGUGGCCGAGGAGCUGUUUGGACCUUACCUGUGGGGCAGGUGUGACAUCGUCUUCCUCCCCCCCUCCUUCCCCAUUGUUGCCAUGGAGAACCCCUGCCUCACCUUCAUCAUCGCCUCCAUCCUGGAGAGCAGCGAGUUCCUGCUGAUAGACGUCAUCCACGAGAUCGCUCACGGCUGGUUCGGCAACGCCGUCACCAACGCCACCUGGGAGGAGAUGUGGCUGAGCGAAGGCCUGGCCACCUACGCCCAGCGCAGGAUCACUACUGAGGCUUACAGUGAAGCGUUCACCUGUCUGGAAACUGCCGUCCGAUUGGAUGCUCUCCACAGACAGCUGCGUCUCCUUGGAGACAACAACCCUGUGAGCAAACUGCAGGUCAAGUUUGAGCCAGGUGUGAACCCCAGCUGUCUGAUGAAUCUGUUCACCUAUGAGAAAGGUUUCUGUUUCGUGUCGUACCUGUCGCAGCUCUGUGGAGACGUGAGACGCUUUGACUGUUUCCUCAGGGAUUAUAUCUCAGAGUUUAAGUUUAAGAGCGUCGUGGCUCAGGACCUCAUCGACUACUUCCUGGGUUAUUUUCCCGAGCUGAAGGACGCAGCUGUCGCCCAGAGAGAAGGUCUGGAGUUUGAGCGCUGGCUGAGCGGCUGCGGACCUCCUCUGUAUGAGCCCGACCUGUCAGCGGGGGGCGCCCUGACUCGGCCCGUUCAGGAUCUGUGCGAGCUGUGGAGGAGCGGCGACGUCCCCGACCUGCACGCCGUGUCCACGUUUGACCUGUCGGCCUGGAGCACCUUCCAGAUCGUCCUGUUCCUCGACCGCAUGCUGGACCUGUCCCCCCUGCCACACGAUGCGAUGGCAGCUCUGUCUGGCUGUUACUCGUCUCUGUUUGACGGUUUGAAUGCUGAGGUUCAGAUCCGCUGGCUGCAGAUGGUGGUGAGGAACAGCUUCUACCCCGAGCUGCCGCGAGUGCGAGCUUUCCUCCACAAACACACGUCCAGGAUGUACACCGUGCCGCUGUACGAUGACCUGGUUGCCGGGGUGAUGAAGUGUGUUGCCGUGGAGAUUUUCAACCAGACCCAGCGCCGCCUGCAUCCAAACCUCAGACGGACAUUACAGCAGAUCCUGUACCAGACCGGCGCUGCCCCGACCAAUCAGAACGGCCCCGCUCUGUCCAUCCUACCGCCCUCCCCCUCCCCCUCCUCACAGCUUCAGCCCGCUCCCACGGCGACCACCUCCGCUGCUGCCGGGACGACGGCCGCCAUCGCUCUGCGGGACGUCAACGUCUCGGCGUGAAGCGCGCGUCCUGUCCCUUGACGGCGGCUGCGGUUGGCUUGGCUCGGCCGAAAGUUUGAACACUGUGAUGAAGGAAACAGGAAGUUCACUCCAGAGAGUUCUCAUCGUGUGAUUAGUCAUGUGACUCUUGACAGCUCCUCUGAUUGGACGUCAGGGGUCCCAGAGUGUGGUGAAAAUUUAAAGAUUUUUAUUCCUCAGUGCAAUUUAUCUGAUAACUUGAAAUAAGACACGAGAGUCUGGUUUCCUCGGUUGAGUCUGUUUUAGCGUCUCUUCAGCUCAUCUCUUCUUCUUCCUCUGAUUGGACAGGAUGUCCGGAGGAACAGACGAGUGAUCGAUCGAUGAUCCGUCAUGACUGGGAGGCUCAUUUCUGUUGCAAAAAGGAAAAGUUUGGAACUAAAAAUCCUAAAACUGAAGUUAACUUUAAUCAUCUGAAUGUUCUGAUCUAAAUUAUGAGAUUCAAGUCCAGGUGUUUUGUUUUUGUUCACUCGCUAAUUGAUCAAUCGGUUUUAUGUUCGAUUCUCUGAGGUCACGUCGAAGUCCUGCAGUUUUAAUUCGAUGACGGCCUCAACACUCCCGAAUGUCAAGUUAAUUAUCUGCCAUGCGCUUUUAUUUUGAAGGUCAGUGCUUUUAGUGUUGCAGCAGGAGACGUUUACCUGUUGGUGUCACUCGGCGAGCUUCGUUUCUUGUCGUCACCUGGUCUUAUUUUAAACAUUUUGACUUUUUUAUCAGAAUUAUGACUCAUUUUCUCAUAAUUUUGCGUAUUUUUCUGAGAUAAUUUUUAUUCCUGAACUCUUCCUCUCAGAAAUCAGCCCCCACAAAUAUAAUUAUUGUGAGAUUGUGAUCUUUCCACCUGUUCCACACCUGUUGGUCAGGUGUGCACGUGGUUCUAGAGAAACGAUGUGUUCACAGUCUCACAAAGUGUCCGUGUUUUGUGCUUCAGUCACUCUGUAGCUGAAACGAACAAGUGGCUCCAGGUUCAUCUUUAACUCUACCUCCUGAUUUUGGCAAACCUGCAGACGAGGACUCGGGACAGAAACACCCAAACUCUCAAAGUGGACAUUUUCACUGUGUCGCAGUCGUCAUGUGGCAAAUUCACAGACCAGCAGAUUUCCACCUGAGUGGCCUUAGUGCUGCGUUCACUUGCAGCUGGGAACCGAGAGGUUUCAGAGAGACGGUUCAGAUCUGCUCGUCUGCUUCUUCUUCAUCCCUUUAAUGUGGAUUCUGACUGUUCUUGCCUUCGAUCAGCAGCAAUAAAACAACAGUUUUUUUAUUGUAGUUUACUGAUUCAGAACAUUUACUCUGAAAACAAGUGAGGAAAAGGAAAAGUAGCAAAAAACCCAGAGGCCGGAGAGCAGACCGUCACAAGCAGAAACUGAACUCGGUUUCAGUCACUCGGUUUCACCUUUAAACUGAAGAAAAUCAAGCAAACAUAACAGAAAUUAACAGGAGCCGCCCACCGGACGAUGACUUCAUGCUUUUAUUAAACCUGAUUUGAUCCAGACUGACUGAUGGAAAAAUCAAUCUGUCGAUCCUGAUCAGUACUGAUCAUUUUACACUAAUCAUUAUCUAAGAACUAACAACAAUAUAUACAAUAUAUAAUAUAAAGUUUAUCGAAGUGAAAUGUGUUGGAUUUCAGAAACAUCCCACUGUUCCCAGCUGUCAGUGAAUGCCUCUUCACAGAAAAUUUGUAAUGAAUGUUUGACAACAAAUAAACACUUGAAAGUA